AUGGAUCUUCAAGGACCAUUUGACCUAUCCGUCACCGGCUAUCGCUACGCACUCGCUGUCAUUGAUGACUACAGCCGCAAGGGAUGGAAGGCUUUCCUGAAGGCCAAAAACGAUGCGACUUCGGAGAUCAAGGAUUUGGUCACACACCUCGAGACGUUCUCUGACAAGAAAGUCAAGAUCGUUCGAUCCGAUGGUGGUGGCGAAUUUAUAGGCAACGACCUCCAGACAUAUUUCAAAUCGAAGGGGAUCAAACACGAGACUUCCGCUCCACACACUUCACCACAGCACGGCGUAGCCGAGUGCUAUAACCAGACAACACAUGAGCACGCCCUCUGCAUGUUGCAAGAAGCUAACAUGAGCUCGGGUUUUUGGCCUGAAGCCCAUGCAUACGCAUCGCUUGUCCGCAAUCGGAGUCCUACAAGAGCCCUGGUUGAAUCCACGCCCAACGAGAAAUUCUAUGGCCAGAAACCAGAUGUCUCAACCCUUCGCAUUUUCGGAGCAUGCUGCCAUGUUCGUGUUCCCCCCGAAUCCCGAAAGAAGCUCGAUGCACACUCACUUGAUGGCAUUUUCUGCGGUUUUGCACCUAAUCAGAAGGCGUACAAGAUCUGGAUCCCUUCAAGGCACAAGUUUAUGGUAUCUCGAGAUGUUAUUGUCUACGAGAAUGUCCCAACAAUGCCCGAGGAUGAUGACCAAAACCCUGCUUUGAGCGAGGGGGUGACCGCGAGUAAGUCCACUCAAAGCAAUAGUCCUGACAAGGCUGUUGGCAGAGAAACUUCCGCGACAUCACCACCACAUCCUCCAACUCCUCAGACUUCGGCAUCACCAGCUCCAGCGCCAAUCCCUAUGCCGCCCGAAAAUCAGCCAUCCACUGCAUCAGCACCCACUCCCGCCAGUACUCCCGCACCAGCACCAAUGCCCACACCAGCUCCGGCACAUCUCCGACGUUCAGAAUGUGUCACGCGCCCAUCUUGGAUCAAGCAAGCUGCCGAGAAACAGCAGGCACAAGAACAGGCGACGAAGACACACAACAAGGCGAUCAAGGAAGCAUGCACACUGCAGAGACAAAUGAAGGUACAGGCGAGGACAGCUCCAGAACCCAUACCAGAGGACGCCACGGUCCCAAUGACACCCGAAGGUGAUGUCACGCAAGUCGCCUAUAUGGCGGCAUUUGGCACGGACACGCCAAUGAAUUUCCGUGAGGCGACGAAGUGCUCGGAGGCCGAUAACUGGUGGAUAGCAAUGCACGAAGAGAUCGACAUGCUGCAGAGGCGUGGUACAUGGGUACUCGAGGACUUGCCACCUGGCCGGAAAGCCAUCAGCAACCGCUGGACAUACGUUAUCAAGCGCGGCCCACAAGGCGAGAUCCUACGAUACAAAGCCCGACUUGUUGCACAGGGAUUUUCACAGAUUCCCGGCAUAGACUUCAAUGACACAUUUUCCCCCACUGUUCGACUCGAAUCUCUUCGGGUGAUCUUACAUCUCACCGCCGCACAUGGAUGGCAUCGUGGACAGGAUGACGUGACUGGCGCGUUCUUGCACAGCAAGGUUGACAUUAUCAUUUAUAUGCAGCAGCCUGUCGGAUUUGAUGACGGUACUGCAUCAGGAAAACCCAACUUUUACUUAAAGAUGAAGGAGGAGGAUCCCAACUGGUUGAUGGGUUUCGAACUCAUUGACAAUCCCCAGGAACAUACUGUCUCCAUCUCGCACCGCCAGUACAUCUCCACCAUUCUCAGACGCUUCAAAAUGGAGGAUUGCAUUCCUGUACCAACCCCCAUGGAGUCCAGUCUGCACCUCUCAGUUCACGAUGCACCGUCGACACCGGAGAAGAUCGCGAAGAUGAAGAAACGGUCGUAUCGCGAACUUGUUGGCGCCCUGACCUGGAUCUCGGUCAUCUCGCGCCCUGACGUAGCAUUUGUCAGCGCGCACCUCGCGCAGUUCAAUGCCAAUCCCGGCAAGAGGCAUUGGGAAGCCACGAAAUGA